AUGGUAGAUGUUUAUCCACCACGGCAAAGUCUUGUGGUCUGCCGCAAGGAGUCGGUCUGGGAUGGCAACAGCUCAUUCCUGGGAAGGAAGGAAGGAACCACACAGCUCGGCUCCGGACAUGGCACCCUUCAUUUGAUCGAGAUGCAAACUCUUCUCUUCUUGAACUUUUCUUCUCUGGUAGGCGGCGUGAGUACUGACUACAUGGACAUGUGCUGUGUUGACGACCUGGUGGUCACCUCUACCACCAUCGUGACCCUGGCGGCCUGCCCCACCGCCACCCCUGCCGCCACUGCCGCCUGCGCCUGCGCCUCGGUCGUCGCUGCCGCCCUGGCGGACGUCGGCCCGCUUGUCGCCGACGCCGUUGCGUCCGGCGUGUCGUCGGGCAUGUCGUCGGGCCUGGGCCCCCUGACGACCGCCGUCAAGGCGCUGGCCACGCCUUCCUGGGUCGCGUGGGCCCGUGCGCUGGCCCCGUCGGGCGUCAAUGUCGUGGGCGCUGCGCUGUUUGGCUUGGUGGGCUGGUUUGCCCGCAUCCUCUGGGAGCGUCGGCAGGAGGGGAAGGAGAAGGCCAAGAAGGAGCGAGCGGGAGAGGGACGGGGGGAGGAUGGCACGCGCCGUGUCGCGAGUGCUCACUCGGGGCUCCUGCCCACUUUUAACGUGGGCACUAUUUCGAGGAGGAGCGGCCGCCGUACCGACUAG